AACAUAUCCAACUAACUAAGAUACAGCAAACAUGCCAGGAAGAACGUCAGUACGUGCUAAUCUGCGCAAUCGCGCUUCGGAUGCCACAGUCUCGCGGAAAUCGUCCACGCAAACUCUGAAAUCGCGCGCAAGCUCAGCUCGCAGCUCUGCUCUCGCAGUCCAAAUACCAGAUGAAGGCCCGGAGACAUCGUUGCGAGAACACAUCGCCUCUGUGUUUUCGGAUGCGCAACGGGGCGCAGCAACUCAGAGGAAAAGCGUGGUGACUCUUCGUAAGAUCCAGGAAUUUUGCUGUUAUGAGGUCGAUUCGUCCAGGAAGCACCGACUAGAUCAGGACUACGACGAGACUGAAUUCAAUGAUGAAUUUGGUCGAUGUGUCUGCCGAGUACUUGGGAUCAAGAAAAGCGAGCCAGUUGGUGAUAGGCUGGUGAAGUUUGUGGGGCUUUUCCUCAAGCACGCAAGUGAAAAAGAUAAUGCCAUCUUCCAAAGUCCUGAUAUGGAUACCACUGACGGAAUACCGGAGACCCCGACUAGCCGGCUGACUACUCAUGUUCUCACGGUGGCCCUUAAUGUCAUAACGGCGAAAGAUAAAUUCGUACGAUACCGCGCUACGCAGCUCAUCGCGCACAUUGUAAAUACGUUGGAUUCUAUCGAUGACCAACUCUAUCACCUCAUCAGACAUGCAUUAAUCAAACGUUUGCGAGACAAGGAGAGUAUCGUACGGGUUCAGGCGGUGCUCGGAUUGGGUCGUUUCGCAGACGACAACGAGGAUAACGAAGAUGAUGAGGACAGCGACGAAGAUGCGGCGAGCGGCGUCCUCGAACGCCUUCUAGAAGCGCUCCAGAUGGAUCCAAGUGCGGAUGUUCGACGAGCACUCUUACUCAAUCUCAGUUUCACACCAACAACACUACCGUUCCUCAUGGAAAGAGCUCGAGAUACCGAUGCAGCGACACGGCGUGCAUUAUAUGCGCGUAUUUUACCCGCUCUGGGUGAUUUUCGUCAUCUGUCCCUUGUCCAACGUGAAAAGCUUUUGCGCUGGGGUCUCCGUGAUCGCGAUGAACAUGUUCGCAAAGCCACUGCUCGACUCUUUUACGAAAGAUGGAUCGAAGACUGCGCUGCCCCGCGCGGCGAAAAUGACGAAGACGCUGGCCCAAGGCCCAUGUCCGAUCCGAACAUCGACGCGCUUAUGGAACUUCUUGAGCGAAUUGACGUCAACAAUUCUGGACUCGAGGGGGGAAUUGCGCAUGAAGCGAUGAAGGAGUUCUGGGAAGGUCGACCUGACUACCUAAAUCAUGUCAACUUCGAAGAUCCCUACUUCAAUGAAAUGACUGCCGAAAGUGCUUUUAUCGCGAGAACACUUACGGACUACUGCCGUAAGUCAGGUGAUAGCAAGCUGCAAGGCAUGCUGGAAGACAAGAUGCCGGAGGUCACAAAGUUUGCUUUCUUGCUCCAACUGCACCUGAACAAGCUCGUCGAAUUUGUGAAUCGGGUGGCACUCAAUCCUGAGGAUCCAGAGUCUGAGGAGGAUGCUGUACAGCAGGAAUUUUGUAUUGAGCAACUCCUCCAUAUUGCGCUCACACUCGACUACUCGGAUGAGAUGGGUCGUCGUAAAAUGUUUCAGAUCAUGCGUGAAGCUCUUGCACUUUUCGAGUUACCUGAGGAAUGCACCAAACUGGUUAUUGAGAUCUUGCGUGUCGUCUGCGGCUCGGAAGAGGAAUUUGCAAGUAUCGUCUUGGAAGCUAUCGCAGAAGUUCACGACACAAUCUCGGACGAUGAGUCCAGCACUGCCGACGAAAGCUUCCAUUCGGCCCAAUCCGAACUCAGUGGGGAUGGUACGCCUACCAAGGCUCCCAAAAAAGUCUCGAGAAAGGGCACUCAGGAUGAUGAAGACGAUGAAGAGAAAGCAUUGCGCGAGAUCCAGGUCAACCUGAAAUGCUUAUUCAUAGCACAGUGUCUCCUGCAAAACGUACAAGGUAGCCUGGAGAACAGCAGCCAUCUGAAAACCAUGUUAAACAAUCUAGUAGUACCUGCUGUACGCAGCGAGGAGGCUCCAAUAAGAGAAGCUGGCCUCAAAUGCAUGGGGUUGUGCUGCCUCCUUAGCAGGAAUCUUGCAGAAGAAAAUCUGGCGCUGUUCCUUCAUUGCUUCAACAGAGGUUCUGAAGCUCUUCAGGAUAUCGCGAUUCAAAUUAUCUCCGAUAUUCUGGUCGUUCACCCAUCGCUUUUGGCUCCGUCACCAGCCCAACAGUCGAUGCAAGACGAGCCAGAAGCUGUCAACCCUCUCGUCAAGCCAGUUCUCAAGAUGUAUUCCAAGGGAUUGCGCUCAGAACACAAGUCUGUACAAACCAAUGCUUGCGUAGCAUUGUCAAAACUUAUGUUGGCGGGUACAGUCACCGAUCAGGAUUUGCUCAAGCAAAUGGUUCUUGCCUACUUUGACCCCGAGACACAAAUUAACCCAGGUUUAAGGCAGGCUUUGACCUAUUUCCUCCCUGUGUAUUGUCACUCUAAAAGGAAAAAUGCUGAAGCCAUGGCCAGAGUUGCUGUGCCUGUUCUCCACACUCUUGCUGAGCGCGCUGAGGAUAUGGACGAGGAAGUAGAAAUGGUUGGAGUUAAUCUUGUCGCCGCUCAGAUUUGCGACUGGACGGAUCCGAGGAAGACUGUCACAGAAAUCAAUGGCACGUCUAAAGAUGAGACAGGCACAAAUGGACACUCCGUACUUGCUGAGGAAUUGCUUGAGAAGAUACUUUCUCCGGCUUGUAGCAAGGAGGAAAGAAAAACAUACACUUCGAUGCUUGGCAAGUUGCACAUAGGACAGUCAAUUCCUUUAGAAAAUCUCCAAACACUGUUCGAUCUCGUCAACGAAACCUUCGAGGUCAGAAACAUCACAGAGACAGCCUCAAGGAAUCAGCUCACGAAAAUGCAAAAUACUCUUUCCAAGCUUCUAGCUUCUGCGGGCAGAGAUGCAAGCAACACCGAGGAAGAAAACGUUGCUAUCGAGUCCACGGAACUGCCCGAAGACGCAGGCCAAGAAAACGAAGGAGACGAAGAAGGCGACGAAACGAUGAUGACAAAACUCACCGGCUUGCCUGACGCAGAAGGCACUCGAUUUAUGGAUGACGAAGAUGAAGAUGAGGAUGAGGAUGAACUGACACCCGGCAACGUGAUAAUUAAAAAGGAAACCGCUGCCAACGAGAGCCUCCUGGAGAGUUUGCUGGACGAUAGCGAUGAUACCAUUUCGUAGGACGGGACUUAAAUAUUAUAGCUGGAGUUCGAUGAGUUUAUAUCAUGUAAUGAAACUAUGACUUUCCAUCAAUCAACUCUUA